UCAGUCUGGUGAUGGCAACUUGUACACUAGAGUUGAGUACGGUGAGAUCGGGGAGUAAAUGUAAGAGGAAAGACAGAACUCAACUGAGAGAAUGAGGGAGGUUCUGGAGCUGGAAGAGUCCUAACACAUCAAGGCCAUUCACUGGUCAGGUGAAGAGCAUGCUAGGGAGAACAGCAUAAACAGAGCUAGGGAGACAUGGACUCCUACCAAGCCCCUGUUGGAAUCUUCGGAGGCAAGUAUCUGACCAGACGGAUACCACAGAACCCAAGGUAUCAACAUAUCAAGUCAAGAUUGGAUACUGGGAACAGUAUGACCAAAUACAUCGAGAAGCUAGAAGAGAUUAAAAAAAAUUAUAGAUACAAAAAAGAUGAACUUUUCAAGAGACUAAAAGUUACCACUUUUGCCCAGCUGGUCAUUCAAGUUGCUUCCCUGUCAGAUCAAACACUGGAAGUGACAGCUGAGGAGAUUCAGAGGCUGGAAGACAAUGAUUCUGCAACUUCGGAGGCUGCUGCUGAUAUUGCUGCCGAGACCAAUGGGAGAGGGAGCCCUGGGGAGCAGCCACCCAGUCCUGUCCAGUUCCUCAACAGCGCAGAGACAGGCGACCCGAGUCGCUCCACUCUCCAGAGCGUCAUCAGUGGCGUUGGGGAACUGGAUGUAGACAAAGGGCUAGUAAAAAAAGAAGAGCCCAGUGGUAAAGACAAGCCUUAUCCGGACUGCCCCUUCCUGCUGCUAGAUGUGCGGGACAAAGACUCUUAUCAGCAGUGCCACAUUGUUGGGGCUUACAGUUACCCAAUUGCAACUCUAUCCAGGACAAUGAACCCCUAUUCAAACGAUAUUCUUGAGUAUAAAAAUGCUCACGGCAAGAUCAUCAUCCUCUACGAUGACGACGAGAGGCUGGCGAGCCAGGCGGCCACCACCAUGUGUGAACGCGGGUUCGAAAACCUCUUCAUGCUUUCUGGGGGUCUGAAAGUCUUAGCUCAGAAAUUCCCAGAAGGACUGGUCACUGGUGCCCUGCCAGCCUCUUGCCAGCAGGUCCUCCCUCAUGCUUCUGCCCGGAAACGAUCCAGCCCCAAAAUGCCACCCCUGCCAGCUGAGAACAAAUGGAGAUUUACCCCAGAAGACUUGAAAAAGAUAGAAUGUUAUCUGGAAGCGGACCAGGGCCUGGCAGACAAUCAUAGCCGACUGAACCAGAAUAACUCCGGCGGAAGAGACUUGAAGGUGCCUGCUGGCCGCAGUGGCCCGAGCCUGCCCACCGGGGGCCCUGCUAGCCACUCGAACCCCCGCACACCCAACAGCGGUCACCUGCAAGGCAAACCCUGGAAGUGAAGAGCUGUGUCCUGUAGUCUAAUAAAUGUCCCCCCCUUUCGGAA